AUGGAUUAUUCACACACUACUUUUUUCCCUGGCGCUCCGCCGUACCAGUUCAUGGGAGCAGCUCAGGUUCCUCUGACGCCCUCGCAUUCCAACUCGGUAGCCUCGGAAGACUACAACAACACAUCGUCUCCGGAAAUCUUCGACCAGUAUCCGAACGGGAUACCUCCCGAACAGUUCCAGAAUUUCGAUGGCUAUGUGCAGUUCAAUCAUGGCCAGACCUUCCCGGGCCCGCCCACGCCGCCGGGGCAGCUUCCGGUGCAUGCCUCGGGACCCUCAGUGAACGGCGCUGUCCACCCAGCUGGUCCCACAUCCGAGAUCCUAUCCGUCUCGAAACUCGAGGCCGAGGAGAAUCGCAGACAGGGUUCGAACUCGGAAGACGACGACUUGACCCCUGCUCAAUCGAGGCGAAAGGCCCAGAAUCGUGCAGCUCAACGUGCAUUUCGGGAGCGCAAGGAACGCCAUGUCAAGGACCUCGAGAGCCGCCUCAACGAGCUCGAGCAGGCACAGACCGAAGCCGUGUCCGAGAAUGAGCGACUGAAACGCGAUCUCCAGAAGAUGGAGACGGAGAACGAGAUUCUGCGGGCAACGUCGAUGGUGGCUCCCAGCGCCGGGUCCCCGGCCGCCGCCGCACCGACAACGACGGGGCCGAUGACGUACAACCCCACCGACUUCUACAGCAACGUCCUGCAGGGCCACGCCAACAAGUCGCCGAGUCACAGGGUAGUCACGAGCGAGAAAGGGGAGCGUCUCCUCGCCGCAGGGGCGACCUGGGAAGUCAUCAUCAACCACGAGCUAUUCAAGCGUGGGCUCGUCGAUGUUAGCGCCGUUAGCGAGCGCCUGAAACCCCAAGCCAAGUGUGACGGUCAGGGCCCGGUGUUCGAAGAGAGCGCCAUCCUCGAGGCCAUCAAGCUCAGCGUCGAAGAGAACAGCGACGAGCUGAUAUAA